AGUCGAGGCGAGUAGGUUAGAGUGCGCCGUUGUGGUGGUCUGUUUCUGUAAGGAGACAGCCGUGGUCGCCCCUGAAUCUUGAGCGGGGGCAGAAUGGACGCGGCUACUCUCACGUACGAUACUCUCAGGUUUGAGUAUGAAGACUUCCCCGAAACCAAAGAGCCUGUUUGGAUCCUGGGGAGAAAAUAUAGUGUAUUAACAGAGAAAGAGGAGAUCCUGUUAGACGUGACCUCUCGUCUUUGGUUCACAUACAGAAAAAGCUUUCCAGCCAUUGGGGGAACAGGUCCUACAUCUGACACUGGCUGGGGCUGCAUGUUAAGGUGUGGUCAGAUGAUCUUUGCUCAAGCCUUGGUUUGCAGGCACUUAGGCAGAGAUUGGAGGUGGGUGAAAGGGAAGAAGCAAAUGGAAAACUAUUACAAUGUUCUAAAUGCCUUCAUUGACAAAAAAGACAGCUACUACUCAAUCCACCAAAUAGCCCAGAUGGGAGUUGGAGAGGGAAAAUCCAUAGGCCAGUGGUAUGGACCAAACACAGUUGCACAAGUACUAAAAAAACUUGCCACUUUUGAUACAUGGAGCUCCUUGGCAGUGCACAUAGCCAUGGACAAUACUGUUGUGAUGGAGGAAAUUAGAAGGCUGUGCAAACUCAGCUGUCCAUGUCCUGGGGCUUCAGCAUUUCCUGCUGCAGAAUCGGACUGGCUUUCCAAUGGUUAUCCAGAUGGAGCAGAAUGUAUGGACAGGCUAUUGUCCUGGAAACCUUUGGUGCUCCUGAUACCUCUUCGCCUUGGCCUCACAGACAUCAAUGAAGCCUACAUUGAAACACUGAAGCACUGUUUUAUGAUGCCUCAGUCCUUAGGAGUCAUUGGAGGAAAACCUAAUAGUGCUCAUUAUUUCAUUGGCUAUGUAGGUGAAGAAUUAAUCUAUCUUGACCCACACACUACUCAGCCUGCAGUGGAGCCCAUGGAGAGCGGCCACAUCCCUGAUGAGAGUUUCCACUGUCAGCAUCCACCCUGCAGAAUGAGCAUUGCGGAGCUUGAUCCUUCAAUUGCAGUGGGCUUCUUCUGCAACAAUGAGGAAGACUUCAAUGACUGGUGCCAGCAAGUAAAGAAGUUGUCACUGAUCAGAGGAGCCCUACCAAUGUUUGAACUGGUUGAACACCAGCCUUCGCACUUCUCUACUCCUGAUGUUUUGAAUCUUACUCCAGAUUCUUCCGAUGCAGACAGACUGGAAAGAUUCUUUGAUUCAGAAGAUGAAGACUUUGAAAUUUUAUCUCUUUAAAGAACAAUAAGAAGCUAACUCUGCCAAUUUGUGUUGUGGGGGGAGGGGAGCUCCUUGGAGAGCCUAGGGCUACCAGCUUUCAUAGGUGCUUGUUGACAUCCCUGCCUCCCAUCCACCCCAGCAUUCUGUGCAGCCUUGGAGCCGAGUGGAUUUUUUUGCAGUGGGAUCAAGAAACGGGUCAUCAUUAAGGCCUUAAUAGAUUUAGUCAGGCUUUCUCUGUGCAAGAGUACCUGCUGGAAAAGGAGGCAGUAUUUCCUAGGAGCUGAAUAUUUAUUUUUAUGUUAGCAAGCCAAAAGGGUGAGCAAGAAUAGCAAAAUCCCUUCGGAGUGCUUGGUUCUUACAAGUUCUGUUAUUAAGGAAAACUUCAAAUCCCAUUUGCUUCUGUCUCACUUUUUGUAGUUUGAUGUGGAAACCAGCAUAAAAUACAGACACCUAUCCAAUAGCUGUCUCUUUAGCCCAGCAGAAUGUGUUCUGUGUAAAUUGGGAGUAAAAGCUCUCACACAAUGAUAUGCAUCAACUGUUGCUACUCAUGCUUUAAUUUAUCUUGGAUACAGUGCUUCCAUAAAGAUGUAUUACUGCUUUUAAGUUCCAAAAUGGCCAUUCAUUUUAAACUCUCAUACUCUGCCCAAUGGUGUCAUUCUAGAAAUCACAGAAUCUCAUCAUGCAUAGCAAAUGAUACAGUAAGAAGUAUGGGUCGAAAAUUACAAAUAUAACUUUUCAUAUAGAGAGUAGGGAGGGUUUGGACAAGUGCUCUCUUUCAGCUUGGAGGCCAUUCACAGCACAUCCAAAAGGAAGAACUGACAAGUUAACCAGGAUAUGUCUUCAUUAAAUAUAACCUGUAUUUGUUGGGUAUUUUUCUAUUCCAUAUUAAAAAUAUGGUGGCUGCUAUUUAAUAAAAUGUGGUGGUAGAAACAUCCACCAGCUCACUUGAAUUGAAAGUACCUCUGCUUCUUCUCUUGAUUCCAUCUCUUUGUUUUUAGAUUCUGAUCAUGAAAUCUGGAUAUUGUUACAUGGAUUUAAAAUGCUUUGCUUUAAUGCCAAAAUUGUGAUAUUAAAAGCCUGGCGUGGUUAUUGCCAGAGGCUUGGCCCCCCCUUAUCUUUCCAAGGUUUAUACACCACACAAGGUCAAGUUUCUCUUGCGUGGUGAUGUUCACUUGCUUUUCAGUUUUAUGUUGUGACUUGUAAGGUAUACUAGUUUCUAAAGAAAAGCUCAGCAAAUUCUGGAUGCCUUGAAAUGUUAAUUUACCAGCUCUCAGCUAGGCUGGAAAUGGUGGCUGUUGUACUCUUAAAAUAGCAUUAGAGCUGCCUUUGUUUAGACGAGAUGAGAAUGGCUGGAGAGGACCCGCCGCUCCCCCCCCCCCAAAGUAUUGACCACCUUUUUGAAAUUCAGUCGCUUCAUUGAUGGAUGCUGGAGGUGGCAAAUAUGUUUACAAAGCAUUUUUUCCUGCAUUUAUCAGCAGUGCUAUCAGCCUAAAAGAUGGUAGUAUAGCCAUCUAUAAAGUAACUGCAUCUAGGGGUAACUGGUCUACCGGUAGUAGGUCUGAUUGCCCCUUAAAGCUGCCAGAAAGCAGAGGUCUGAACCAUGAUGCUUAUUUGUCAUUGUUAUAACUUGCUGUCUUUCUCUUGCUGUUUCUCCUCUCCUCUUGAUCAUAGACUUUUGGAGGGAGAGGAGGCAGAGGAAGUGGGGCUGUGCUCCAUUCAUCAACUGCUUUCAAUUUGUAUCUGAAUAAACCAAGUUAAAAGAAA